AUGAUACAACAAGUGCAGCAAGCUGUCUUCGAUCCAAAAAGGUUCCUGGUCGAUAUCCAAGAAACAUGUCGCGCGAUCGGUGCUCCAUUAUCCCAGGAAAUAACCCUGAAAGUCCUGGAGACUUUCCAAGCCAGCUUCGCUCGAGGGGCUGUCUUGUGGAGAACCACCGAUCUCCCUGGAGAUGCUCUCAAUUUUCGAUUUUACGAGCGUGUGUCUAUCGACGCUGUAUCUUGUGCAGUGAACGCCAAACUAUUACAGCCGAAUCAUCCCCUGUCCCAGAUGAUCGUCUCCUGGAGUUCCUUAUACUCGGGAGCUCCGCAACAAUCCUGUGACUUUGAUACCAAGCGAGGCCUUACUAAAAUCUGGGUGUAUCUGGGGGAUAUGCGCCCUCUAGGCGACAUAUUGAGCGCACCCCAUGUUCCUCUGUCUAUACGCAACCACGCAAAGUCUUUCUAUAACCUUGGCUUAAAGAUCAUUCGACACGUUGCCGCCGAUUUUACGUCGAACACAGUCAACAUCUACUUUCGUGCGCACGGCCCGUUGACGCUGGAGCGAGCAAGAAGCUUAGUGGGCCUGGCCGACCCUACCUACCUUCUGACGCGCGAGGAGGUGGAAGAGAUGCGGCGGUUUCUAAACCCUGUGGGAUUCACCUUUGCCGUUACGAUGGAUUAUACCACAGGUGAAAUAAAAAGAGUGGGAGUGUAUGCUCUGAAGCUGGCGCCGGGCACCUACCCACCAAUGGAUGAGAGGUUGAAGAUAUUUUUUACCCAGGCACCAUCACAUGAUGAGGAAGAGAUGAACGCAAUAGCAUGGUCAUUUGGCAAAGGUGGUGCUAGAUAUGUCAAGGCAGAGAGGAGCUACUGUGGGGGGCUGGUACCGUUGAUGAGGCAAUGGAACAGCGCGAUGAGUUCAUAG